AUGGAAGGGGAUGGUGAGGGCAUGGUGGCGAUAGUCCAGGGGCUGGACUCCGCUGGAGUUACCCUGACGGUGGUGAAUAGGACUAGACAAAACCCAGACAGGAGAAGGUCAUCUAGGCCUAGGAUACAAUUCGAUCAGGUGAACCCGAAUUCCCCGAGGUCUUCUGUGCAGACCAGCACUGAACGCACGAGGAAGUCCGACACUGGAGUGCAGAUCUGUGAUGGGAGAUACGCUAGUAGCUAUAAGAUGGCACAUUGCAUGGUUAGUCCGACUUCCCCGCCGGAGGGAGUGUCGGAGUUCCCACCGCAGAGAAAGAAACCAUGUCGCAACCAGCGCGCGCCUAAAAGAGCCAAUAGACCACUACAGAUGGGGCCCUAUGGGGCUGAUGUUCAGCCGGAGUUGGGGGGUCUACUUCGCCGCAGCUGGUCUAGCCGACAAACAGAAGCCUUCGUCCACUCCUUGAGAAAGUACCCGUCGGUGACUGGCAGGACUGUCUCCACCGACCUCAUUGAGAGGCUGUUGAAAUAUACACAGAGUAUGAAUUCAUCUAGAACAAGACCGUCAAGGAGCAUGAGAUCCUUACACGAAGACGCCUCUUCGGGUCUUCACGACAGCUCCAGGGUAUCGAAACAUCAGCAGACAUAUACGAGAAGACCGAAAGACGGACCGACCGGUCCUAUAGGAUACAAGGGGAGGUCCAGAAACUUCAGGUUGUACUCACCUGUGAGUGAGUGUAGACAUGUCAGAGAAUCUCUGCACAGGGAACCGAAAUUUAGUAGCAGUUAUGACUAUUUGAGAGCGGGUAGCCCUCGUAAUCGAUCGGACGGUUCUCCAAGCCCAUCUGGAUCCAGGAGCCCUACGCAACCGACUCGUCCGAUCCGGUAUGAGCGACCGGUCCAUUCUGUGCGGGACAUGAGCUUGAGUGAUGUGUCCAAAUACAUCAGGAGUACCAUACGCCAAAUUUAUAGAGAAAGACCUUUUGUGUUCCAAGUGUGCCCAAGGCUCAUGAACCGGUAUCACCAACAUAAGAAGUUCUGUCCUGUACAAAAUGAUGAGAAUGUCGAACCUUCGGGCGGCAAACAAGCAGACGGAUUACCUGAUGGUAAGCAAUCAGCGCCGCCCAUGGACACUCGCAACGGAGGAGAUACGAGAUCCAGAUCCCUAUGGUCACAGUUUUUACCGGCUAGAAGUAGCUGUUCCGAGCCUAAGUUUGGUCAUUCAGUUGGAUUUCAGUGUAACGGCACGAACUGCUCCUGCAGUAAGUCGAUCCAGUGCAGCUGCUACCCUGAUGCAGCCACCAACACCUCCCUCACUAACCUCCAAGCCAAAAAGCCCAAACACUUCUGUUGCCCAAAAAUGGCUGGCAAAACUGCUAGUGCUACAUGUGUUUGUCUAGAUAAAAUAAACAAAAUACCUAUAAAAUGCUCGUGUAAUAAUGACGAUGAGAUUUACUAUAAUCGUCGUAUCGAUGAAGAAAUCUCUGAUUGGCUAAAACACGUCCCAGUCCAAAGCAUUGAAAGCUAUGACACGAAAAGGAAACGAGAUUCUAUGGUCAGACAGUUUAGGAAUACUUUGAGAACACUCCGAGACAACGAAGAUUUUGACGAUAAUGUCACAACGGAAGUUAAAUCGUUUAUGGAAGACUUCCCUAUAUGGAAUCCUGGGACGGACAAAAAAGACAAAAUGCAAUUCAAAGAAAAAUUGUCCGACAAUCUUAUUGGAAGAAUAACAAGUGUACGGAGGAAACCUGACCAGUUCAGAGAUAUUGUCAGGAAAUGGGCUAGAGAAAAUGUCGAGUUUGAAGAUAGUUUGGAUGAUGCGGAGAAAGAGGCUUAUAUUGAUAAUAUUGUUAACCAACUAAAGCAUCUUGCUGCUAAUAGACCUGACAAUGAUGCGGAAUACAAAGAAAUACUAAAAAAAGAAAUUAUCGAAAUGAUGAAAGAGUUACCUUUAAAAGUAAAAGAUAAUAGAGAUGCUGCUAUAGACAAAUGGGCCUCAAUACUAGCGACAGAUACAGCAAGCAUACCCGAGAAUGAAGAUUUAUCAGAUGUUAAGACAGAUUUAACUUUAGAUUUAGAAGACAGUUUAGAAGGUUUGCUAAAUGAACUAGGAAUAAUCAGAGAAGCAUUACAACAGAUAAAAGAUGACCCGAAAGCUCUUCAAAUUUUGGCUAAAAGAUUAAACAAGUUGCAAGCUCAGGGCAUAGAUGAUGAUUCAAUAAGAGAAAAAAUGGAAAAUGAAAUCCGUAAGUUUAUGGAUGACUUAGGGAUUGCCCAAGAAACGAUCGACGAAUUGGUAGGCGAGUUAAUGAAUCAAGUAAAUGACAUUGUACAGACGAGUCAAUUAGAAAAUGAAAAUAUAGAGGAAUUACAUGGGAUCGUAGACGAUUGGUUAAAUAGUAUACCAGGAAUAGAUAAAAUUAGUCAAACAAAAAUUGACAAAAUUAGCCGCGAUCUUGUAACUGCAAUCAAAGAAGCGAAAGAAGAAGGGAAGGAGAAUAUAGAGGAUGAGGUGUUAAGUCGUAUUGACGAGGCUGGUCUGCCUAUAGAUGCCGAUACGAUACGUAAACAGAUACCAGAUCUAGUAAACAAAGUUGAUUUGUGGCCUAUAAACGAACUCUAUGAUGAUCAAUCUAAGCAAAUCUUACUAGAUGAAAUUAAUGGGAUUAUUGACGCAGCAAAUAUACCAGAGGGGAAAAAACAAUUAGUUAAAGACAGGUUGAAAAAAGUUUUAGAUCAUGAUAUUAAGGAUGCAUCAAUUUUAGAUGUUCGUCAAGUACAGAAUCAUCUUAAGGAGGAUAUGGGUCGAGCAAUAUCUGAAGGAGGAAUUUCUUAUGAAAGUCAAUCGGAUUUACUGGAUAAAUUAAGCAAAGCAGUGAGCAGAAAUUGUUUCAAAUCAUUUAUUGGGCUCGGUAGGUAUAUACCUGAUUUAAAACAAAGCGCGAAAAAGUAUAUCAGGGAAGCUCUUGAUGAAGUUCCAAUAAACGGACGCAAAAAGAAAGAAUUAAUUGAUAAAGUAAAAAAUACGCUAGAUAAAAAUAUUAAUAAACAACUACCCAAUGAUAUAGAAAAUACAAUAGCAGAAGAAAUAUGUUGUAUCGUAGAAGAAUCACCAGUUUGCGAAGACGAAAAUAUUGCGAAAUAUCUCAAAUGCUUACUGUCGUCAAUUUCAACAAAAGUAUUUGAUUUGUUUACAUGUAAGAAUAACUGUGUCUGUCACAUACAACGUCGGCUGGAAAAUGACUUGUGUAAAGUCAUAGAUAGAUGUCCUAUAGAUUGUAAUAAGAAAAGGGAAUUAAAAAGAAAUAUUCGUGAUAUACUGACUGAGAAUGAGAACCGCCGGCUCUCAGAAGAUGCUAAACAAGCAGUAAAGGAAGAUAUAAUUAGUGUUGUAAGUGACAUAUCGAUACCAGAAGACAAAAAGAAUAGUUUGAAAAGUAGUAUUAGUGAGACUAUAUCUCAAGACUUUGACGACGCCAUAGCUGGUCUUGAACAUGACAUAAGUAAAGUAAAGCAAAAAAUAUUUAACCAUUUAAACAAAGCUAUUGAAAAUUCACCAGUAAGCUUUGAAACAAAAGAAUAUUUACACACUAAACUUAAACGAAUGCUCGACGAAAAAUUUGAUACUUCGCUAACAAAUGAAAAAAAGAACUUAAUUCUCGAUGACGUUUCUGAUAUCGUUCAAGAUGUUAUACCAGAAAAUAAAAGAACAAAACUAAGAAACAAACUAGCGAACAAACUAGACUCUCAAGAUAAUGAAAACGCUUUCACAGAGGCAAUUAAAAAAUCCUUAGAGCAAAACAUAAAAGACAUUAUUGAAAAAGCUUCUAUACCGAAAGAAACUAAGAACGAUUUAAAAAUGCAAUUAACAGACAUUCUCGAUAAUAAUGAAGGGGAGUCGAUGGCAGAAGUAAAAGUUAAAAUAAAAGGAAAAAUAUUUGAUAUUAUUGAUGAGUCGCCAAUUGCGGAGGAAAAGCAAAGAGCAUUAAAAAGGGACUUGUUAAAAAUACUCACAAAUAAAAUGGGAGGAACAUCAGUACAACGUAUAGGAAUGGAUAACUAUAAAAGGAAGAUUACAAAUGAAAUUAGUGAAUUAAUUGCAAAACUCCCUAUUAGUGAAACUGAGAAGAGUGAUAUGAACAAUGAAAUUAACAAGACAAUCUCAAAUCGGGUUUAUAGACCAUUAACUGAUGAUGUAAAAACAGCAAUUAAAAAAGAUAUCAAUAAUAUCGUAAAAGAAACAGAUAUUCCUGAAAAACCUUUAAAGAAUUUUAAAUCUAAAUUAGAAAUGGCUUUAAAAAUACAUUUAGAUGUACCACGUGAUGUACAUAAAGACACAGACGUCAUCAAAGAAGAUCUCAGACAAAACCUUAGUCGAGCUGUUGACGAACUAACAAUAGCAAACGAUAAAAAGAGAAGUUUGAAAAUUAAAUUAAAGGACGCACUUGUAAAAAAUAUUGACCGCAAAAUGACAGAUAAAAUACAACAAGAUAUAACUAAAGAUAUUGGAACUAUUAUUGAUAAUUCAACGAUUCCUGACAAAAUCUCCGAAAAUAAGGUUCUUGAUAUCAAAGAUAAAGUAGCAGAUAUUGUAGCUGGACUGCAUUUAGACGAAUAUAUGCGUGAGUAUGUAGUUAACGAUUGGAUUAAAAAAAUAUUAACAAAAGAUUUAGAAGAUGUUAUAGAUACUAUUCCCACUGAUUCUAAAAAUAUAACAAAAGUUAAAAACGAUGUUGAGAAAAUGUUAGUUCACAGUUUAUACUUACCAAUGACAGACACAAUAAAACAUAAAAUCAGACGAGAAAUAAUAAAUGUUGUCGAUAAAAUGGGUAUCGAUGAUGAAGAAAAUAGUGACGUUAAAGUGCGAAUAUCAUCUGCGCUAGCAAAAGGCAUGGACAAAAAAGUCUGUGUAGGCAAAGAUCUAGGUCAAAUAAAAUCAGCUUUACAACAAAUAAUAAAAGAAGGAAUUGAGAAUGCAUCGAUACCAGAAUAUACACAAGACUUGUUAGCCCAAGAAAGUGAAGAUAUUUUAAAUGAUAAUUUGAUCCGACCAAUAACAGAUGAAAUAAAAACAGAUAUACAUGAAAAAAUAGAGACAAUUCUUGAAGACGUUUCGGUUAAAAACGACAAAUAUGUGCGUGAUGAUUUUCAAGAGGAUAUAGAACAGAUAGUCAAAGGACUUUCUGCACCUGCGUUAGGUGAAAACAAAGUCAGAAAAAUAUCUAUAAGCAUAGAUGACAGUGCCGCUGGAGAAAUGCAAGAUAAGGAAUUGACACGGUAUAUAGAAAAACUAGGAAACGAAACUCAAAAAAGUAUUCUAUCCCAACUUAGAAAAGCAAUAGAUGCCGCCCCGAUAUAUGCAGACAAAAAGACAGAAUCUAAGAAAAUGCUUUUAAAUAUUGGCAAAGAUUACUUUGAUACUACAUUGACAGAGGACAGUCUAAAUCAAUUAAAAGAUGAUUUAUUUGAUAUCCUUGAUGAACUACAAUUACCGAAAGAGACAAGUGCUAAAAUGUCUCAGCAACUAUCCGACUUGAUUGACGAGCUUAUGGAAUCAUUGACAAGUAAAUCCAUGGUUGAUCCCCUAGAAAAUGUUAAAGUGAAUGUAUUGCAUGCAAUCACAAAUACUGUAAAUGAUGCAACGAUACCUAAAAAUAAAAAACUCGAAUUGAAAAGUCAACUUACAGAAAUGGCUGCGAGGGUGAUUAAUAAUACACCACUGGAAAAAAUCCAAGAUGCUCUCCGAGAUGGCGCUGAUGAUAUUCUUGAUGACUAUCCUUUAAUAAGAGAUAAGAAAAUUAAAUUGAGACGUGACUUAGAAGAUAGUAUAGAAGAAAAUCUGAGUUCAUCAGAAAGAGACUAUCCAAAAAUACGGACAAAACUUCUUUCCAGGGAGGUAAUACCAGACUCUCAAAUAAAAAAAGAAGAGGAAACGUUACUUUUAUUAGAAGAAAUCAAAAGGAAGAGAACAAAAAAGAGCAUUCUGCAAGGAGUUGAAGAAAUCAUAGGGACAUCGCGUCUUCCUAUUAAGAAAAAAGAAAUUUUAAAAGAAAAAUUAAAUAAAACGAUAGAUAAAAUUGUUCGGUCGUCAGUUUUUAAGGAUUUGGAAGACGAUUUAAAAAGCGGUAUUUGUAAUGUACUUCAUGAAACAGUAAUGUUUGAGUCUGACAGGAAUAAAAUUAAAGACAAUUUAUUGUACAUGAUAAAUCAGAGGAUGAAAGAUAUACUAAGGUUCAGUGCUGAUGAUAACGAUAUGGAGGGAAAACUUCUGCAGAACUUUUUGAAUAAACUUGAAAAUGCAUUAAAUGACUCGCUAAUACCCACAUCUAAAAAGAACAUUCUAAAAAACAAAUUAAAAAUUUUAUCCGAUACCGGUUUCACACCACCAUUCUCUCAAGGUGCCCAAAACAUUAUAUUAGAUGGAGUAGAUACGGUUUUAAAUGAAAUGUUUUCAAAGAUCGAUGGAAAAAUAUUUAGAAAUGAGUUGCUGGAUAUAAUAAGUUCAGGCAAAAACAAAGGAAAUGUACAAGAAGAGAUCAAACCUAAAAGAAACAAAGUAUUUAACAAUAUCAACAAUGGAGCGACACAACCAAACGAAAACAGGGAAGAGAAUGAACCUAAAACAAUAUAUGAUUUUUUCAAAGCUCUUGAAAACGAAAUCUAUAAAUCUCCUGUUUUUAAAAGGAAGAAAGUUGAAUUAAAUAUUUAUUUGCAAAAGAUAACAAAUGAUUUUUUGGACAACUCUUGGUCCGAAGAUGUAAAAGACGAUUUAAGACAUGGAAUCAGUAAAAUACUAGACGAAUUAUAUUUAAGCAGAGUUAAAAAACACAGGCUGAAAACUAACUUUGAAAGAUUGAUUGUUGAACCUUCAGAGACUACCAGUAAUCCAGGAUCAUGGAAAGAUAUGAAAGACAUACAAAAAAAACCCUUAGAAAUAUUUUUUCAUAAACUUGAAGAAACAAUAGAUGAUAGUCUAAUUCCGAUUGGGAAAAACCAGUUACUGAAGAAGAAACUGAAAGAUCUGUUUUCUUCAGGCUUUAAACAACAAUUUAAUAGGAAACAGAGAAACGUGGUUUGUGACAUCCUUGAGGCACUACCAUUAUCAGAACAAGAGAAGAACAAAUAUUUGAAAGAAUUAGAUGAUAUUUAUGGUGUUAUUUGGAUUAAGGGUAAUUUAAAAGAAAGAUUAAUAGAUAAAGAAAAGUAUGAUUCUUUCUUUCAUAAAUUUGAAAGGAUUAUAGAUGAAAACCUGCUUCCUGAAUAUAAAAAGAAAUUACUGAAGAGAAAACUGAAAGAUGUAAGUACAUCAGGCCUAAGCGAACCGGUUUCUAGCCAAUGGAGGAAUGGAGUUUAUAGUAUCUUAGAAACUCUUAUUUUAUCAAAGGAAGAGAAAAAAGGACUCCUAAAAGAAUUAGGUGACAUGUUAUUUGUAGAUUUAAUUACGGAGCACGAAAAUGAAAGCCCAAGAUCUUUUGCAAUACGUACUUCUGAAGCAGAUGACAGAAAUUCUGAUCAGCUAUUUUUAUCCGAUGAACAUGUUAUAACUAAAGCGAGAGAGAGUAUAGUGAAAAAUAUCGAACGAAGAAUCGAAGAAGCAUUAAUGCCUGAGUCGAAGAAAGCAAAAUUGAUGGAAAGAUUAAAAACGUUGGCGUCUAAUAAACUCCAGCAGCCAUUAUGUGAGGAUGGGUGUACGUACGUGAGAGAAGAUCUGGGUGAUAUCAUAAAUGUAUUGCCGAUAGACGGAGUAAAAAAAAUUGAACUGGUACGUGUGGUCGAAAAAAAUAUUGAGCUUUUAAAUGAUCUUCAUAAGAACAAAGAUAAUUCACACAAACAAAUCCAAGAAAAUAUUAUUAGCGCACUUUACAAUAUUGUGAAUGAAACGCUGAUGGUUGAAGAGAAGAAGAAAGAUUUAAAGAAAAAACUCGGAAAAUUGGUUGAAAACACAUUUGAAGAAGUGUCACCUGACAUACUUCAUGGUGCACUUAUAGAUGGUGUUAAUGAUAUUGUCAAUGAAACAGGAAUCGCCAAGACUAAAAGAGACAAGCUGAAAUUUAUGUUAAUGGAAGCUAUCGAUGACAAUAUUGGAGCAUUACGAGAUGAUGAAAUAGAUACAACUGAAGACAGUACAAAAAAUAACGCCCAUGAAGUGCCAUUGAGACAAUUUAAUGAAAUAAAAACAAGAACUAUAGAAAUUAACACUGACUUAGUGCCAUUUGAUACAAUCGAUAAUUUAGGAACAACAACUAAAAAAGAGAGGAAUAAUGAAAAAUUGCCAGUACUGCAAAUAGAGGUCGAAACUGAGACAUUAGACGAGUUGACUACAGAUAAUCUAUUAAUGUUUGCUGAGGAUAAUAAUGACGACGACACAGCUGACCUGAUAGAAGAUAUCCCUCUUGACCAGGCUAAGAAACAUAAAUCAACUGAGGUAGGAUUAACCUUAGUAAAACACCCUGGAAAAUGGUCAAGUAAAGAGCAAAGUCAGAUGCAAAAUACAUUAAAAGUACUUGAAACGACAAUAGAUGACUCGCUUUUAACUGCAAAGCAAAAAGUGGAUUUGAAAGAAAAACUUAAAAUCAUAUUAAGUAAGAAUUACAGAAUACAAUUAAAAGACGAUUUGAGGGAUACCCUAAAAGCUGAAAUUAAUUUAGUAUUAAAUGAAAUGCCGUUAACAAGUUACGUGAAAAACAAAUUAGAGCAUGAAUUAUUACAUUCAUUAGACUGUCAUUUAUCCCACUUACAAAAAGGAAAUUAUAUAAACAAAUUGAACGAGGAUCGUUUAGAGCCUUCAAGCUGUCGAGGACUAAGAAAGGAUGAGCUAUACACAGAAAAACAUCCUUUAGAAGUAUUUUUCCACAAACUUGAACAAAUUAUAGAUGAAAAAGCAAUCCCCACAGAAAAAAUCAAAGUCCUGAAGGAAAAACUAAAAUAUUUAUCUUCUGCAAGUUUUGAACAACCGUUUACUGGGCAACAAGUUAAUGUAGUUAAUAAUAUUUUGGACGUACUUCAAAUGCCAGAAGAGGAAAAGAACAGAUAUUUAAAAGAGUUAGCUGAAGUAUUAGAUAAAGUUUGGAAAGUGGAUAAAGAAAGUGCUAAAACAACAUCUACAUUAUGCACAGCUAAACAAGGCCUCCGAAGCUCUAGGAUUCCGUCUUUAGUAUACGAAAGUAGUAUAAUUAAAGCAAUAGAGAGAGUAUUAGCAGAAAUUGAGCUAAAAGUCAAGGAAAUACCCAUGCCUAUAUCAAAGAGAAUCAACUUUAUGGGAAGGUUAGAAAAGAUAACGUCUGAUGAUCUGCAGGGAGCACUAUCUGAGGGCAAGCGAAAUAGUGUAGUAAAAAGCAUAGGCAAUAUCAUAGAAGACCUACCCGUAGAUGAAGUGGAGAAAUACGAACUUAAGCGUAAGGUUGAUAUUAAUAUUACAUGUGAUAAAAGUCUUGACGAAGAAUCGCGAGAGAAACCAACAGACAAUCCUAGGCAAAGAUGGACUUUCCAGAAGUAUCCACAACUAUCAAAAAGCAUGGACGAGAAUAAAAAGAACUUUAGGAAUUUAACCAUGGAAAUAGGAAUUCCAACUACACAAAAGGAAACCAAUACAUCGCUAGAGAAAUAUGAUGAUAAUAAAACAAAUUCAAGACUGAGUACAUUUUCAAAGGCAACUGAUAUGUUUAAACCGAGAGAAAGUAUAGUACAAAUUAUUGAACAUAAACAUUCAAGACGCAAGCGCAACAAAGAUUUGGCAGAUGAUGAUGAUGACUAUCAAGCAAAUGAUAAAACAUUUACGCAUUCAUCAUACACAGAGGAAUCAGAUAUAUCAACAAAAAACAACGAUUUAACCCCAAGAGACACUGAUACCCGGAAACGUGCGAAAGAAAAUAUAAUAAAUGAACUUGAAAAUAAGAUCAAAGAAGCAUUAAUAUCUAGAAGAAAAAGAGCAGAACUCAUUAAGCAAUUACAAAAAGUGUCAGAUAGUAUGGAAACGCCCUUAUCUGAAUCCCAGAAGAAUCACAUUGUAAAUGAUUUAACUAAUAUUGUGGAACAAUUGGCAAUUUCAGGCACAGAAAGGGAUGAGUUAACACUUAGUAUUAAUGAUAAUAUGGAACAUCUAAUGGAUAAAAGUCUUAGAAUGAAGGAAUUAAAAUUGUUAGACAAAACCAUAGAAAAUAGUAUACAUGGAUUUGAUGAGGUAAUAGAUAAAUCACUAAUAUCUUCAAAAAUUAAAACAGAUUUGAAGAAAUGUCUUGAACAUUUGGUCAAUACAACUUUUAACCAAGCGUCGCCGUCGACUAAAAUUACUUCAGAGGAUUUUAAAUAUGCUGUCUUUGAAUUACUAGAUAUGUUGAUAACUUCAAAAAACAAAAAGAAUAUUUUGAGAGAAGAACUAUUUAAAAGAGUCGACGAAAAUUUUGAACGAUACGAAAAUGAACUAAAAGAAUUACUAGGUCAGGAGACGAAUGGAAAAGAUGCUGAGGGUACAAUGAAAGACACAAUAAUAAAGUCUGUAGAACAAUCAUCAAUCGGUGAUGACACUAAACAAAAAAUUCGAAGAGAACUUAGUGAAAUGUUAAAAUCUGUGCUCAUAGAGGAUAAAAAUAGAAACGACGACGACGAUAAUAGUUUUAGUAGCCUUAUUGGGGACUUUAAGCUAGAUCCUGAAUAUGAAGCAGAAUUAAAACAAAUGGAAGACGAAUUAGCGAAAGUGAUCCUCGAAGGAGGUGACCUAGACGCGGCAAAAGAACGCCUUAUUGAGAAGAUAAUGAUGGAAACAGGCCUGUCACGUGAGCAAGCCACUGAACUAGUUAAUAGACUACAUGCAAAAACUAACAUGGACAAUAAAGAUAAUUUUAAGGAGCUUAUUAAGACUUUUGGCCUGAAUCCGGAAUAUGAAAAAGAAUUAAAACGAGCAGAAGAUGAGUUGACCAAAGUGAUCCUUGAGGGAGGUGAUGUAGAAGCCGCAAAAGAAAAUCUCAUUAAAAAGAUAAUGGAGGAAACAGGUCUAUCCAGAGAACAAGCCGCUGAACUUGUUAAUAAGCUAUAUGAAAAUGCUAAUAAAAAUAAACACAUUAACAACAUACAUGAAACAGAAUCAAAAGGCAUUGACGAUGAAACAACAAAAACGGUCCUCGAAGAAGGUGUUGUGGAUGAAAUAAACGAGAAACUCAACAAAGAAAUGAACGAACCAGAUCUAGCAAGAGUGCAAGCUGUAAGCUGCAAUGUAGACAAUAAAGCAGAACAAACAUUUAACAAGAAACGAAGAAGGAAAUCACCUUCUAGAGCUAAAAGAAGAAUAACAGCUAAAUCAGUAAUAGAAAAAAUAAAGGAGCCAUUGAAAGAAGAAAUAUCUGACAUCCUCAUCAAGCACAAAGUCAGGCCAACCAACACAAAUAAACUUAUAGAAGAUAUUUUCAGUCGAUUAGAUGAUUUAACUGCGAAUGGUGGUUACCCAUUUGAUGCAACUACCAGCUGCAAUAAAACCUUAUCAUUACAAUCCCACGUCUCAGGCCAACGAACUCGAAAAACAUCAAAGAAGCCAGUGAAAAAAGCUAAAAAAAUAUCUCUUAAAACUAAAGAACAAAUCAAAAUGGAAACGCAUAGUGUUGAAGAGCCAAAACAAAGAUCUAUUAAUAAAACAAAAAAGACCUUUAUUGUUCCAGAAGAAACCGGAAUAAGUAAAAUUAAAAGACCUGCUUCGGCGCAUGUCAAUUUGAUUGCGAAAACGCACAGAGAAAGUGAUGAUGUUUCAACCAAGACAAAUGGUAUAAACAUUCCAAAAGACUACACACACUCGCUCAUAAAAGAUGAAAUUGAAGAUGCACUGUAUAGAAAUAUAAAGCAUAUUUUAAUUGAGGCAGCCAUACCACCAAAUUGGGGAAACAAAUUGAGAGAUACUAAUUUGAAAAAUGUCGUGGAUAAGGAUUCGGACAAAUCUAAGUUAAAGAAAAAAAAGGAUGUUGAUAUGCUAAAACAACUCGUAUUACAGGAUGUGUAUGAUGUAAUAGACAACUCACCGAACACCAAAAAUGACAACGAAAAUCUGAAAUCCAAACAAAGAGAAACAGUUGAUACAAAAUUGAACGAAACCGAACUCAUAGAUGGCCGUGUUCAAAAAGAAAGAUUAACAGAAAAGGUUGAUGAUGUCGCUUCUCAGGUGCCAACAUCUAGUACUGAGACGCAUAAGUUUAAAAACACUUAUACCACAAUUUACAGUGAAACAGAGCAAUUAAAAAUAAAUACAUUACCUCCAUAUCAAAAAAAGAGUUCCGAAUCUAAGAAAAGCUUUGCUCCUAUAGCUAACUCUACUUUUAAGAAUGACAAUGAUUUAGAAAUAAUAGAAGAAAUGCAAGCCACGGAUACUGCACAGAAGACAGUAGAAAAUAUAGAGAAAGACUAUACGGAAGAGGUUACUGAAAUAAUCAAAGCUUGGCUGGAAGAAAUUCCUCUAGAAAUAGAAGUGUCAGCUAAAGAACAGUUUAUUAAAGAACUAGCGAAUGAUAUUAUUGAUAGAAAGAACAUAUUCCACGCACCUGUGAAACUUUUAUUUGCAGAAGAUCUAGAAUACUUAAAAAAACAAAUAUUGAAAAGGACAACUGAUUUGUUGACGCCGGAUAUACAGAAACUUGUUCUAGGGAAAUGUAAAGGUCUUUUAAAGAAGAUAAAUGAAAUACAGGUUCCAGCAGUAACUGACCCAUCUGGACCCGUGCCACAGACACUAUCACAAUCAGAAAUGGAAGAAGAAAAAGCUGCUUUACCAUCUGCAAAAGUACUGAAAGCCUUGCAAGAUUCAUUGCUUCGAGAAAUGGACACGUUUUUAAGCCCUCUUGAUAUAACUACAGAGGGCAAAGAGAAACUAAAAAGAAAGCUACUGGUUGAUUUAGAUAGACUUCUAAAAAAUGAAACUGACCCAGACAUAAUCAUGCAACAUUUGAUAGCUACAAUAAAAAGGGUAACUAAUAUGAGCAAUGAAGAAGCUGUUGAAUUAGCUCGAAGACUUAUGAAUAAAACUAAAGAAAUGGGCUUCCUUCCAAAAGUUUGUUGUCAGCCAAGGCGCUUGUCAUUUGCCACUGAUGCCAUUUGCGUCCCAAAAAAGGCCUUCAGAGAUGCCAUUUUGGAAGAGAUUGGUGACCCAUUUUUGGGAUGUCACAUAUCUGAACAGAAGAAAAUGUAUUUGGAAGAUUUGCUGAUAGAAGAUUAUGCUAAAGAGUUUGGCAUCACUCUAACCGAAUGUUGUCCUAGAGAUGAUGUAGGAGAUGAGAAUGAUGUACCAACAUUAGUUAAUGAUUGGAUUAGUACUAUACCAGUCACUAUGAGGAAUGAUCAAGAUUACACGACAUUCGUACAAGAAAAGAACAAUUUAAUCCAAAAAAUUACAGAAUCUUUACCUACAAGUAACUUUGGCAAGAUCAGAGAAGAUGCCGCGAACUUUUUGCUAAACAUUCCUUUGCAUUCUGAUUUGAGAGAAAAUGUAGAACAACAAAAUAAGAAGGUUGAAGAUCUUAUCAACAAAUUUCUAUGUUUACCACCAAAAGCUAAAGGACGCCGCUAUGGAAUGAGCUUCAGUGGUCUAACUGACUACAUAGACUCUUGGAUUGACAACAUACACAUUUCUGAUGACACAAAAGACGAUGAAGCAAUGAAAGACAUGAAGAAAGGUAUGACAUACAGUCUAGUACACAAAUUAGGAGAAAUGAAUAUAGAUCCAGAAAUCUUCAAUAAUAAUUUACUAUAUGAAGAGGUAUUAAGGGAUGAGCUACAGAAUCUGCUGGAUGAUGUUACCAUAACUGAUGAUAAUUUACAAGCUCUCAAAGAUGACCUGAUUGACAAGGUAAAGUCUGCUCAACAGAGAGCUCACGAUGAGAUUAUAGGACAGAAUUACAAGCACCAAUUACGCCAUGCAAUGACGGAUAUUCUACCCGCUCCUUGUACUAUGUCGAGAGAUGAACAAGCGGCUAUGGAGUUAUUAAAGGAUCAGCUAGCUGACGCGUUUAUAGACUUAAACUAUUCAGGGAAUGACGAAACUCUUAAAACACAAUUGAAAAGAAAAAUUGCGGAUGAGAUUCGCAAGUUUUGUGAUAACUAUUUGAGUUCACAUCCUGCCGCCCCACUGAGUGAUCAACAGCUUAAUUUUGACCUUUUUAACGCAUUGGCAAGUGUACCACUACCUUUAGGAGAUUCUAUCCGAUAUGAAGUAGAACAAGCGAGAAUUAGAGAAGUAAUAAAUGAAUGGAUUAAAGAAUUGCCACUACAACCACAAAACCACUCGGAGCUGUUAGCCAGAAAUAGAUUAAUUUAUAUUCUGUCGAAGAAAUUGUUUGAUAUCGAGACCGAAGCUGAAGACGCGCCAGACGAACUUAUGAGAAAGGAAAUAAUAAAACUCCUAAAUAAAAUGCCUUUGAGCCCAGGAAAUGACAUCAACCAACUCGCUAAUGACUUAAUUGAGAAACUAAAUUCAUCGAAAGAAUCUAGGAGGUUCGAUGAUAGUUCCGACGACAUUGAUGCUUACAGAAAUAUCUGCGAUAGCUCAUGUCCUAUCAAGGGUAAGGGUUCAGUUCCUUCGAGAUAUAGAAGGAUAGCAACUCCACAAGAAAAGCUUUGUUACAAACGUAAAACAUUCCCUCCGUGUACACUUAGCCUUGAAGACAGAGCAUACUUAGAUAAAAUUAGACGUAGAUCAUGCGUAACACCAAAUUGCGUGAAGGCGUUGUUAAGGAAUGACAAAUGCAAUGCUGCAGUUGGACCGCAACCAGCUGACGCGCAAAGCCAAACAGAACUGAAGACCAGGCCAGUUUGUACAGGAGUUAAUGAAAACAUGACUAGACCAUGUCUUGGCAUGACCUCGCCACGAAGAUCUCCAUGCAGUUUAAGAAGGCAUACUGUAUCUAGCAGCAGAAUACAGGUUGAUCAGGAAGAAGUCCAGCCACAAGUAGCCGUAAAGAAGUACUACUGGGACUCUGCUCAAAAGUCUAACUUCCAGGACUCAGAAUCUCAACCAAAUCGUGCCCCGUAUUCUUCUUCGUUUUCACCGCCUAGACCUGCGACCUGCCAUCCUCCUGACUGCCAGCGGCCAACAUCCUACCAACGUCCUGUUACACCUCCUUUUCGUGGGACACAACCCAAUACCGUACCCUGCCAAGCUGGUACACCGCCUUACAAGAAAUCUAGCCAAUCACCAUACCAUCGUGACUGUUAUAAGCACAACAAUCAACAACAAUCCACCAGUCCUCACAGCGUUCCUUGCAAUUACGAUCACUCAAUUUCUCAUGGUGCUUACACAAAACCUACAAAGCCUGUGGGUCGCUUUUAUCAUUGGUCCCCGCAGAGAUCGUUCCAAGAGAAAAUUUCUCAAUCUUCUCAACGAUCAACCCCACGCUCUCGGUCUCCUGCGCAGAGCCCCUGCAUAAGCCGAUCUCCGUCACCCUGUGGAUUAAAUCACGAAUCGACACCACUAAAUUGUAGAGGGAAAAGAAACGGUCUUCAAGAGCCUUGUACUAGCAGUAGACCAUCCCGGAAGGAGAGAGUCACCGAAUUAGGAUCUUUAGAUGACCUACAGCACCCGAGGGCAAACAAAAAUAAAAGUAGUAGCUUUGACUGGUCUUAUGCUCAAUUCCCAGAAGAUGAUAGCUUUUGGGGUACGCCAUGCAUGAGGCGUGUGAUUUUGGAUGAAGGGAUAGACGAACCGCUAAUGAUGGAGAGGGAAGAAAGAGAAGAAAGAGUGACUUGUAAGUGUAAAGAGAGGUUAUUCCCCAAGGCUAUGAGGACCAGUUGUAUGAUUCCCCCUCGUGACCAGGAAAGCCGCAAUGGAAACAACUUGCGCCGGUGCUCCAAAUGCUGCGGUAUGCACUGUCCCUUUCCCAGCUUCCUGUACUUCAGAGAGUAA